UCUGAGAGUUUUACUUUUGAAGGACUUUGCAGAUUUAUCAAGCACCUGAAGCAUCGAGCCAUGUCUGUUACACUCCAUCGUAGUGCUUCCUACAGCAGUGUUUCUAGGGCAAGUGUCUCCACUUUUGGUGAAUAUGGCGCCAAAUUUGAUUUUUCAUCCUCAAGUUUACCCUCUUACGAGUUUGCUGCAUUUGGCAAUGAAAAGAUGACUAUGCAGAAUCUUAACAGUCGCCUGGCAGCGUACCUGGAGAAGGUGCUCUCUCUGCAAAAAGCCAAUCUAAAUAUUGAGCAGAAAAUAAAGGAAUAUUUUGAAAGUAGGACCAUUACUGAGAGGAAAGAUCUGAGCCAUUACUACAGCAUCAUUGAAGACCUCCAGAAACAGGUUAUUGCCAAGACCAAAGAAAAUCAAGAGAUUCGCACAAUGUUGCACAAUGGUCAACUAGCAGCUUCUGACUUUAGGAAUAAGUUUGAGGUCGAGAGGAACAUGCAUUUGAUUGUUGAAGCAGAUUUGCAAGCUCUGCGGAAUCAGGUUAAGCGCUUUGAAGACGAAACCAAAGACCUAAAAUUCCAGUUUGAAGGACUAACUGACGAACUUAAAGAUCUAAAGAAGAGCCAUGAGGAGGAACUAAUCAUGGUUCGCAACCAAAAGAGUGGCUCAGUGGAUGUGCAAUUAGCACUCGGUCAACCUGGACACCUAAACGAAGAGCUGCAUGAGAUGCGGGAGCGAUAUGAGGCACUCAUCCUAAAGAACCGCAAAACAGCAGAGCAGUGGUUCAAGAGCAAGGUAAGCGAACUGAAUUCUGUAGUGCAUGAAGUGCAAACUGAUGCCACAAGCUCCCAAACAGUCUCACGUGAGCUGAAGAAAAACUACCAGUCCCUGGAGAUAGAAAUAAAUGGGUUUUAUUCACAGAUUCAAAUCCUGCAGAAUAAACUGGUUGAGGUGGGAGCACGCUACGCUAAUCAGGUAUCACUGCUAGAUGUGCGCAUAGAACGACUAGUAACAGAGCUGCAGCAGAUCAAAAUGCAAAUGCAAAAAAAAGUCAUGGAGACGGAGGUCCUGGAGCAGGAGAUCGCUGAAUACAGGAGGCUGCUGGAGGGAGAACUGGAUGGAUUUAACAUCAAACUAAAAAGUGAGUCCAGUACAACAUCAUCCAGUACAAUUUCAUCCAGUACAACUGUGUCAGAGACAGUGACCAAAGAAGUUGUGGAAGAAAGGACAAUGACAAAAGAAGAAGAAGAGCACCAUAACCGCCAGAUACGAGUGAAGGUUAUCAAAGAGGAGCUGGUGGAUGGAGUAGUUGUGUCUGUGGAUGUAGAGGAGAAAGUGCAGGACGUGUCUACCUGAACAGACAAAUACAACAGUCCAAUGUUGCCUUACAUAUAAUUAUAACAAAAUGCUUCAGUGAUUAAAAUAAUAAUGCAAAGUUUUGGGCCAUUUGAAAUACAGCACAGGUUCACUUUCUAUCGUCUUUGUGGUGGUGCUUACUGUGCAAAUGGUGUAGAGUGAUACAUUUGGCUUUGGGAUUUGAGGUAACAUACUGUAUUUUUAUUUCAAAUACAGGGUUUAACCACUAGGUGUCACUUUUAAUAAACUUUAGGGAUUUAUAGUGCAUUAGGGAUUCAUACCAAGUGGAGUGUGCUGUCUAUAUAUUCACAGGAAUAUGGUUCGCUUCAAAGGAUUCUGGAACAAUAAAAAUUAUUGCUAAUUUAAAGCUAA